AUGGACACCUGCUUCUUCUCCUCAUUAUGGACACCUGCUUCUUGUCCUCAUUAUGGACACCUGCUUCUUCUCCUCAUUAUGGACACCACCUUUCACAGCUAAUUCCUUACCUAGCGGCCAGUGCUAACCACACAGCUAGCGUCUAGUGCUAACCACACAGCUAGCGGCUAGUGCUAACCACAGAGCUAGCGGCUAAUGUUGACCACACAGCUAGCGGCUAGUGCUAACCACACAGCUAGCGGCUAAUGCUAACCACACAGCUAGCGGCUAGUGCUAACCACACAGCUAGCGUCUAGUGCUAACCACACAGCUAGCGGCUAAUGCUAACCACAGAGCUAGCGGCUAAUGCUAACCACAGAGCUAGCGGCUAGUGCUAACCACACAGCUAGCGGCUAAUGCUAACCACACAGCUAGCGGCUAGUGUUAACCACACAGCUAGCGGCUAAUGCUAACCACACGGCUAGCGGCGAGUGCUAACCACACGGCUAGCGGCUAAUGCUAACCACAGAGCUAGCGGCUAAUGCUAACCACAGAGCUAGCGGCUAGUGCUACCUUGCCAAAGCUGCUGGCUUUUAAGGAGGUGUGCAGCAUGAGGAGGUGUAGCCCACAGAUGUAUUUGACACCACAACUUUUAAGGAGGUGUGCAGCAUGAGGAGGUGUAGCCCACAGAUGUAUUUGACACCACAACUUUUAAGGAGGUGUGCAGCAUGAGGAGGUGUAGCCCACAGAUGUAUUUGACACCACAACUUUUAAGGAGGUGUGCAGCAUGAGGAGGUGUAGCCCACAGAUGUAUUUGACACCACAACUUUUAAGGAGGUGUGCAGCAUGAGGAGGUGUGGCCCACAGGUGUAUUUGACACCACAACUUGUGGCUACGCUAAGAGCUAAUGCUAGCGUGAGUGCUUAGUGAGCAGGUGCUUCCUUUUCACUUUGUUGACAGCAUGGUGAGGGGCCAGCGGGGCCAGUAAAGAGGCAGGUGUGUCAUCCUGCUGCAGGACUUCAGGUAACUUUGGAACUCUCUGCUGUCAAGCUCCUCCCACACAGGUAGUCAAGCUCCUCCCACACAGGAAGUCAACGCUGCAGGUCAGAAACAUUGUAAAGUAAAAGCUGAGCACUUUUGUUUUUUUUUCACAAGAGACAUAAAGAGAAAGUAGAAAGUCUGCACAAUAUCAUCACAUUAUUGGCAUCUUAUUGCAAUAUAUUACUAGUAUUUUUAAAAUGUUUAUUAUGCCAACUUAUUAGUAUUAUUGUAGGAAUUGAUAAAUAGUUAUUUGAUCAAGCCAGUCCAUUAAUGUUUUAUUAUUAUUGUAAAAGUGUUCAUUUGCAUGAUGUAUUUAUAUUGAUUAUUUGAAGUAUUUGCUUAUUAUUAGUACACAUGUAUUUUAUCAAUAGUAAUACAAGUCUUAGCAUUAUUUUAUUUAUGGUAGUAAUAUUAUCUAAAUAUUAUCCACUUUCAUUAGUAUUUUGGAAUUGACUAUAAGAUUGUAGUGUAAUUGUAUAAAUAUAUUGUUUUAAAUAUAGGGACAAGCAGUAGGAAAUGGAAUAGAUAUUGUAUAAAUAUUUAAUUAGCACAGUAUUAUUCUUGUACAAUUAUUUGUAUUUGAUUAUUUUAAAUAUUAGCUUAAUAUUAAUGCAAGUGUACUUGUAGUAUUUUAUUAAUAGUAAUAUAUAAGCAUUAAUAUUAUUAGUAACACUGUUAGUAUUAUUUGAUUUCAUUAGUAUUUUUAAAUGUAAUAUUUCAUUAAUAGAAUUGUAUUAAUAAAAACCCAUUUUCUACUGCUUGUCCCUCUCGGGUUGGCUGGAGCCUAUCCCCGCUGCUAAUUGUAUUAAAUGCACUUUGACAUCAUUCACACACUGAUGGAGGGAGCUGCCAUGCAAGGCACCCAUCAGGAGCAAGGGUGAAGUGUCUUGCUCAAGGACACAACAGACGUGACUAGGAUGGUAGAAGGUGGGGAUCGAACCAGGAACCUCUCAGGUUGCGGACACGGCCACUCUACCAAGUGUGCCACGCCUAGCUGAAUGUCCCAUGGAAGUACUUUCUAUUCUAUUUAUUAUUUCAUGUUCAUCAUACUAUUUUAGAUUUGAAUUAUUUAGAUGUUAUAAAUGCUUAAUGAGUGAAUGCAAUAGUAUGUAAUAUUGUUGUAUAAUUAUUAUUAUUUUUAGUACAAGUGUGUUUGUAUCAUUCUAUUAAGUCAUAUUUGAAGUAUUUUUAUCACCGUUUUAUUGCAUUAGUACUUGAUCGUAUUUGUAAUAUUUUAUUAGUACUUGAUAAAUUAUAGUGUAACUGUAUUAUUAUUAUUAUUGUUUUGAUAGUCGUCCACUUUUCUUGGGAAAGACGCGCCUUGUUGUCAGCGACGUGCGCAGUGCCGCCUGUGACCACCAGAGGGCGCCGCCGCUGCGCCUGUGGCUACACUUCAUUUCUUUCCAGGCUGUCAUUGCGGAGUCACGUGGUACAGCAGACUAUUUUAAGGGACAAGCGGUACUAAAUGGAUGGAUGGGUUACACUAAUAAACAAGUAAACGUUGUAAAGAUGAUUAUUUGCGCCAUCUUCAAAUGAACAUAAAGCUUUCUGGCAGGAAAAGUUCCGUCUAACGGAAUCCUCAAACACAGAUCGUCUAUUCGGACAGAACUGGACUAGGAAGAUUCUCAUUCCACACUCAACUCAUCGGAUUGUUCAUCUUUCCCGCCUCGACCUGCCAGCAAAGGUGGGUGGGAGGAGUGAAAGUCGACAUUCUGACCCAAAUGACACAAAGGUGGUGCGCGAGUGAAGGUUUGCGGGAAGAGAGUGAGACCUCUCGCCGCUGUGAGCCUCUGUGCGGCCGUCUGGGAAACUCUUUGUCUGCUAGCAUCUGGCCAGCUAGCAGCCUCUCCUCCUCCAAGGUAGUUGGAUGAUGUGUGCUGAUGGACAUGGAGACCCCUGAGUACUUGGACCUGGACCAGAUUGACUUCUCUGACGACAGUGUGUAUGGUGUCAGCUCUCUGAAGAACAUUCCACAACUGUCCAGGAGGAAUGAUGCUCAGGCUGAGGAGAGACCUGCUCCAUCCUCCAUCAGCUGGAGUCGUGGCGCGGCGUCCCACCCGGGGGGCGGGGGCAUCAAACCCACGGGCCUGGCUGACGCUCACAGUAAAUUCCGUCCGGUGAAGAGGGUCUCGCCUCUCAAGCACCAGCCCGAGACGCCCGAGUCGGACAGCGAUGGGAAAGUCCAAGGUCAGGAGCCCGGAGCGGGGGAGGCGGCCAAAGACAAGCCGCCUCCCCCCACCUCCUCGGGAGGCCAGGUGAAGGAGGUGGACGGCAGUGCAGUGUUUGGGGAACUGGAGCACUACGACCUGGACAUGGAUGAGAUCCUGGACGUGCCCUACAUCAAGUCCAGCCAGCACUCCUCCACGCUGCCUCGCCCGCCGCCCGCACGCAGCAACCUGCAGGGAGGAACCCUGGAGAGGAACCACAGGGCCUCCUUGGCACACCACACCCCGGUACCGCCCACUUCAACCUCCAUGACAAGGAAGGACAGUAAGCAACCUCUUCUUCUCCUCCUGCAGUUCUCUCCUCACCUGAGGAAGUCCAAGUCCAUGGACCCUGACGCCCUGCAUCUCCACCGCUCACCUGGAGGAGCAGCCUUCCAGCAGGAGGCCCUCGGCUGCUCCUCCUCCUUCUCGGAUGGAGACCAGCUGCUGUCUGCGAGGGUCUACCCAGAAGCUCCCAACCAGAGGUCAGGCAUGGAACCAGCGGGGGGCGCUGUGCUGACCUUCCCCCUGCCGGGGGGCAGCCUCGCCAAGCCUCGGACCACGGCGCCGGGGGCAGGGGGGCGGGGCUGCGGCGGAGCAGCGGAGGUGGACGAGGAGAGCAAGAAGAAGCAGAACAUCCUCAACAUCGUCCGAGAGGGCCAGAUCUCUCUCCUGCCUCACCUGGCGGCCGACAACCUGGCGCAGAUCCGAGACCAGGACGGGAACAACCUGCUGCACGUGUCGGCCUCUCAAGGCCACGCCGAGUGUCUGCAGCACCUCACCUCCCUGAUGGGCGAGGACGGCCUCAACGAGCGCAACGCCCAGCAGCUCACGCCCGCCGGCCUCGGCGUCAAGAAUGGACACCUGGAGUGUGUGAGGUGGAUGGUGAGCGAGACGGAGGCCAUCGCCGAGCUGAGCUGCACCAGAGAGCACCCCAGCCUCAUCCACUACGCCGCACGCUACGGACAGGAGAAGGUGCUGCUGUGGCUGCUUCAGUUCAUGCAGGAACAGGCCAUCUCUCUGGAUGAGGUGGACCACAACGGCAACACAGGUGUUCACGUGGCAGCACAGUAUGGACACCUCACCUGUAUACAGACCCUGGUGGAGUAUGGCUCCAACGUGACAGUGAACAACCAGCAGGGGGAGCGUCCCUCCCAGGUGUCAGAGCGGCAAGGUCACAGCACCUGUGCACGGUACCUGGUGGUGGUGGAAACAUGCAUGUCACUGGCCUCACAGGUGGUCAAACUCACCAAGCAGCUCAGCGAGCAGGCAGUGGAAAAGGUGACACUACAGAAACAACUACACAGACUGGACAACACCAAGUCACAUGGGACACCAGCCAGGGGUCAGCAGCAGCCGGUGGAGGCGUGGCCAGAGAUGACGCUGACGGCGGAGGGGACGCCCGCCGACGGUCUGUGGUUGGUCCAUCAGGGAGGGGCGGGGCCAGACACUGUUGCGCCCCGUCAUGUGGCCCCUCCCACUGCGAGCAGGGACGGCCCCCGUGGGAGCGCCAUGGCGGAGAAGCGGGCCCGCCUCCAACAGAUCAUGCAGCGCUCGCUCAGUGAGUCCGACUCCGACGCCUGUCCGCCGGAAGCCCCGCCCACUCUCGCCUCACGACCCGAUAGGCCCACCCACCUGCCCAUCGCAGAUGAGGAGCCGGCGUCCAAGCAGCUGGUGAUGACCACCUUUAGCCCCUCCCCCACCUCCAGCGACCCCGAGGCGACGGACACCCCGGGCGAGGCGGACGGCGGCCCCAAAGCGGCCACCAGCCCCAAAAGCGCCCUCAAGUCGCCGUCGUCUCGCAGGAAGACGUCGCACAACCUGAAGCUGCGGGUCACCUUCGACGAGCACGUGCAGCGUGGCCAGGAGGCGGAGCCUAGCAGAGGCAAGGACAGGACGCCCGCGGGAAGCUGGGAGGCCAAGCGGCCCUUCGGCGCCUUCCGCUCCAUCAUGGAGAGUCUCAGCGGCAACGCCAACUCUCCCGCCAAGAGGGCGGAGGGCGGGGCCACCAAGGCCAAGACCAGGAGCGGCCAUCUUUGAUCACCUGACCUCUGCGGCAGCACAAGUAAGUCUUCUGGUCAUGUGACCACCAUCAGGUGUGCCAAGUCGGACCCUGACCGUGACAUCAUCACAAGGAUGACACUUUAACUGGGAGCUUUUUCUACUUCUAGCAUUUUCUAUUAUUUCUACUUCACGUCCAAUCUUCACUUUGGGACAAACGGUGCAAAACUUUUUGAAAAGAUACACUUAAGUAUGCACUUCAACGUUUCAUGUACACCCCUCUUCCCAAAUGGAGGACACACACACACACACACACACACACAGGGUUCACCCCAUAAUGACAACACAAUAACCCGUCAUGACUUUGUCAACCUUAAAUCUUUCAAAUCUAACAAAAAUAAAAAGAGAAAUAUGAAUGCAACAAA